AUGCGAUGUGCUGCCGAACCAGCAAGAAAUGCGGUUGCACGCAAGCGUGCAACCGAUGAGAGUGCUUCACUUGCUUUAGCAGCAGGUGAUGCUUCGCCUGCUGUUGCGAACUGUCCUCGUGGUGAGUCACCAUGUGCGACAGAUACAUCAGCUGUCUCUGCAGCGGGUACUGCGAAUCGCAAUGUGCAUGAGCCUGAAAUUGAUCUCAUCAAUUCUGGCAAGUCGGAUGAUGCAUCUGAUUCGAAGGCGAAACCUUGCGGAGGCGUGCCUCCGGAUCAUCCGGGGCGGAUACUGUAA